AUUUUGAGUGAUCAAUGACGCCGUCUAUCCGCCUAAAUAUUGUGCGUAAGUGGUGCAUGUCCGAGCCGGGAGCACAUGGACAGGGUGGAAGAAACAUGGCAGAUUUGCAAAGUCGCAUGGAAGUCUGUUCCUGGAUUGCCAUGGAUAUUGCCAUAAUUGAGAGGUACUGAAAUGAAAAGGCUGUCGUGUAACAGAGCCGCAGGUUAGGGUUCAAGAAGCAUAUGUUCCGAAGCUU